AUGGCAGAUGACCGAAAGCAAAGCCUGGUGACGGGGCUGACAUCAGGUAGUCGGAAAUACAUCCCGACGUGGUACAACUUUGACAAGACUGGAUCGGAACUUAACCUUACAGCUGUCACGAAAAAUGGUGGAUACUAUUUGACAAAAAGUCAAACUUCAGGUUUGGAACAACAUGUGCAGGAUAUAAUUCCUCGGGUUCCAUAUGACUUUACCUUAGUUGACCUCGGAAGUGGAGACUGUUCCAAAACGAGAUAUGUUAUAGAUGAGCUACUGAAAAGACAACAGAACCUUUCGUUUUUCCCUGUUGACAUUUCUAGAGAAUUUCUUUUGAAUUCUACAAAGAAACUGAGAGAAGAAUAUGCUGACUCGCUCGUAGUUACACCUAUAGGUGCGGACUAUCAACAAGGAGUAGAGCAACUGAAGCAAUUUAAAGGCCCUAACCUGAUACUUUGGAUUGGCAGUAUGAUUAAUUUGCCUUAUGAUGUUCAGGUGGAUACUCUCAGGAUGAUCUCCACCAUUAUGACAGACAAAUGCCGACUAGUCUUUACUGGUGACAUCACACAGGACAGAGACAGUAUCCUUAAAGCCUACCAUGACGACGAAGGGUUAAUGCAAUGCUUCGUUGAAUAUGCCAUCAUUCGCCUGAACAAAGAGGAAGGAAGCAAGAUUGACCUAGAGAAGUUCACAUACGAGAUGGAUUUUAUCUCUGACCGAAAUCCCAAUCAUAUGAGCUACGUCACAGCUUACUUGGAAGCAAAGGAAGCUGUUAACUAUCCGAUACUGAAAUCUGGAAAAUUAUCAAAGUGA